AUGAAUCCCGCGCGCCCGGUUCUUCGUCGAUUUGCUCAGCCGCUGGCUCGGCCUGUUCGAUGUAACGGUAUCCGAUCGUUUACGACGGCGUCAUCUCGCCCGUCUGCUGCCGCUGCCGCGGUCCAGCCGCAACACUUUGAUCAGCCGCCUUUCCCUAUUCCCGGUCCGGUCCAUGUUAGGCAAGAAGUUCCUAUCCAAAGUACUAAGAACACCCUCCGUGAUGCCGUCUCCGCCACUCAACCGCGGAAUGACUGGACGAGGGAUGAGAUAGCUGCAAUCUACGACCAUCCAUUGAUGGAUUUAGUGCACCAAGCGGGUCUCGUCCACCGACGCUUUCAUGACCCGGGAGAAGUGCAACUAUGCACACUCAUGAAUAUCAAGACCGGCGGAUGCACAGAAGACUGUUCCUACUGCGCCCAAGCGACGCGAUACCAGAAAGGCACAGGACUUCAAGCGAAGAAGGUCGAGACAGUCGAGUCAGUGCUAGCAGCCGCACGGGCAGCCGCGGCAAACGGCAGCACGCGGUUCUGCAUGGGGGCCGCCUGGCGGGACAUGCGCGGGCGCAAGAACAGCCUGCGGAACAUCGCCGAGAUGAUCAAGGGCGUGCGAGCGCUCGGCAUGGAAGCCUGCGUCACGCUGGGCAUGAUCGACUCGGCGCAAGCGAAGGAGCUCAAAGAAGCCGGACUGACGGCGUACAACCACAACGUCGACACAAGCCGCGAGUUCUACCCGUCUGUCAUCUCGACGCGCACCUACGACGAGCGAUUGCAGACUCUUAGCUACGUGCGUGAUGCCGGCAUCAACGUCUGCUCUGGAGGAAUUCUCGGCCUUGGAGAGACGUCGACCGAUCGUGUCGGCUUGCUGCAUACCGUGUCGACGCUUCCCAAGCACCCGGAGAGUUUCCCGGUAAACGCUCUGGUGCCUAUUAAAGGAACGCCUCUUGGAGAUCGCGAGCCGAUCGAUUUUACAAGUAUGCUUCGAACCAUUGCUACCGCCCGUAUCAUCAUGCCCGCCACCAUCGUUCGAAUAGCUGCUGGUAGGAAGACCAUGUCAGAGGAGAAGCAAGCGCUAUGUUUCAUGGCUGGCGCGAACGCUAUCUUCACCGGCGAAAAGAUGCUAACAACAGAAUGCAAUGGCUGGGACGAGGACAAGGUUAUGUUUGACCGAUGGGGUUUGGAGCCGAUGAAGAGUUUCGACAAAUCUCCGCCAUCCACAAUUAGUGACUCAUAG